GAAGACCAGCGCAAAUUUCAACGUCGCUACAUACGCUUUGCCAUGCAUGAUAUGCUCAGAACAUUGCAUUGAUGGCAAACCCCAGGACCGCCGACUCUUAAACCGAAUGCGCAGACCGUAGGUCGAUAGAGAGAGAUGUUUUGGAAGGUCACAGGCUUUGCAUCCCCAGGGCCAGUUGAGCAAAUCCUUGACAAGGAGGAGUUCACGCUCGAGGAGCUGCUUGAGGAGGAUGACAUCGUGCAGGAGUGCAAGUCCCUUAACGGGAGGCUAGUUGCCUUCCUACGUGAACGGAGCACUGUCGAGCAACUUAUCAAGUACAUUGUCGAGCCGCCCGGCGAGCUAGAUGACCCCAAGCGCACGUACAAGUACCCCUUCACCUCCUGCGAGGUGUUCUGCUGCGAGGUGGAGGCCGUGUUUAACACGCUGCUGGAAGAUACGGACCUCAUGCGUCUCCUAUUCUCGCUUUUGGACUCGGAACCGCCGCUCUCUUGCAAGACGGCGGGCUAUUUCGGCCGGGUCGUGUCGCAUUUGCUCUUGCGAAAGACCAAUGAGAUGAUGCAGUACUUCCAGGAGAACCCGCAUAUCCUGGAGAAGCUGGUGAACCACGUGGACACAACGUCGGUCACUGAGAUUGUGAAGCGGCUGGUGGGCGCCGACGAGCAAUCCAGCAUCAUGUUCAUGCCCACCUACGCGCAGUGGCUGGCGGACACGCCGCUGGUGAACCUGCUGCUAAACCGGCUGGGCUCCAGCCACAGCGUGGAGGUGCAGACCAACGCCGCAGACAUCCUGUCCGCCAUCGCGCACACGCAGCCCAGCCCGCUGGCCGCCAAGCUGACGCGCGAGGAGUGCAUCGGCGCGCUGUUCACGCAUGCGCUGCAGCCGGGCCGCGCAGUGCUAGUUGCGGCUCUGGACGUGUGCAUUGCGCUGCUGGAGCCUAAGCGCAGCAACGCAGAGCUUCUGACGGACGGCUCGCCGCUGCAGGAGUCAGCGCGGCGGGCCAAGGCGGAGGCGGUGGCGGCCAUCGUGAACCAUCUGCCCAGCCUGGUGGAGCUGCUGCAGCAACAGGAGGGCGUAGCGGCCAUGUCCAGCCUGGACACGCCGUACGGGUUGCUAACGCCGCCGCUGGGGCGCGCCAAGCUCAAAGUGGUGGAGCUGAUGGCGGUGCUGCUGCGCAGCGGUGACGUGGUGGCGGAGCGUGGCCUGGUGGGCGCCAACGCGGUGCCGGUGUGCCUGGAGCUCUUCCGCGCCUACCCCUUCAACAACCUGCUGCACCACAAUGUGACCGCCAUGCUGGUGGCGGGCGUUGCGCGGCCCAGCGAGGGCCUCAUCCCCUAUCUGUUUGAGCACUGUAAGCUGCUGGACUGGCUUACCAGUCUGCCCACCGAGGUGCGGCCGGCGCCGCGGCCCGGCUUUGAGGCGCUGGCGGCGGGCAAACCGGUGCUGCGGGCGGGCUACCUGGGCCACGUGAUCCAGAUUGGCAGCACGCUGGAGGGCGUGGCCAGCGCCAGCGCGGGCGUGUCGGCGGCGGAGUCGGUGAACCGGGCGGCGGUGGAGGCCUACCUGGCGGCCAGCGCCAGCUGGCAGGCCUGGCUGGCUGCGGAGCUGCACCCGCGGCAGGACGUGGAGAACAUCUCCAAGUGGCAGUGCGGCCGGCCCGCGGCCACGGACCUAGCGGGGAUAGACAGCGACGGGGAUGAGUACCAGCAGAACGACAUGGACCUGGGCGAGAUUCAGGGCAUGCAGCCGGCCCUGUACCACCGCUACAACGUGGUGGACGAGGGGGACGAUGAAGACGAGGACGAGGACGACGAGGGAGGCGCAGGCGGCGGGUACAAGGGCACGUCCAUGUUCGAGGCCACAGGCGGCGUGGGCGAGGAGGACGACGAUGAAGACAAGAUGGGCGGCGGCGGGGGCGAGGACGGGGCGGGUGGCAGCGACGGGCUGACGGAGGCGUUGCACUCUAUGAACCUGCGCGACCGGGAGCUGCUGGCGGCGGGCGGCGAGGCGGCGCCAAUGGAGGACGCGGAGCCGGGCACAUCUGCGCACGGGCCAGGGGCACGGCUAGGCGAGCCCGGCUCGGGUCCGGACGACGACGAGGUGUUGCUGGCCACCAGCGACGAUGAGGAGCCGGGGCGCGGAGGAGCAGGCAGCAGUCCAGCAGGCGGGGCAGGGGCCAGCAGCGGGGCAGGCGCCGUGGCAGCCGGCAGCAGCGGGACGGAAGCGGCGGCGGGCGAGGCUGGUGCUGCUGCUGGCGGUGGCGGCGGCGGCAUGGGCCUCAGCAGCUCCACGGACAUGGUCAUUGGCGAGGAGGAGGGCGGAGCAGCAGACGGCAUGGGCGGCUCGGCAGAGGUGUGGAAGCCAAACUGGUCUAUGGCAUUGUAGGGGGCCGAAGAACACGAGGUGGCGUCGGGUGGGUUGUGCAGGGCGUGAGCUGAGCGCCAGUAGGUCCAGAUGCUUUCCGGAAGCAUGGCUUGGACGCGACAACGGGUGUGGCUCCGGUGCAGUGUUCGUGAUGAGCUGGUGGCAUGGGCGCGUGAGCGUUGAAGCCUUGUUGAGUUUGGCGGUUAACCAGGACGCGCGAGGGCUGCCGGGCAACGUCGGCGAGGCGAGAAACAACCUCUCGGGAAACUAGACUGCUUCCAUGAACCGUGCAGGCGCAUGCUGUGAUGCCGCCGGGGCGCAAAGGCAUGUGGCGUGCCGUCUGGUCGCCGCAUUGUCCCAAAGUAGGACAAAGCAUAUAAUGUGCAUGGGUCGCGUCAAGAUCAGGUACUGGAGCAUUUAGCCAAUGCCAUAGACGUCGCCAUGUGUGAAGGGCAGCUCUGGACUAGGGCAUCCAAUGUGGCGUUGUACAGUCUGCCCCGCGCGGCCAGCGCAGGCCAUGCGCGCGGCUGCCAGGGGACCUCGAUGGCCACGGUCUGCAUGGGGUCAUGGUCUCUGGAUAUCUUGGCGGCAGCGCUGGCGUGAUAGGAGUUGACUGCGUGGUGCACGCUGCCGCAUGUGGUGCCAGGGUCACAUCCGAAGUUGGCGUCCGCCGCUGGGUGUCCGUGUAUAUUCAUUCGCUAGGGUCUGCAUGCUGAGAGUGUGCCGGUGGGGCGGGCAGGGCCAACGACGUGCGUCGAUUUGGCAGCACGGGUGGUGGCUUUGUUAAGGCCUGUACAGAUUGCUAUUGGCAGCGGGACACAAAUGGGGUUGGUCCGGAGCAGCUGUUUCACAUACCGUACGGGGUGCUUAUGCGAAGGCAGUGAGGAAAGUGCGCACAGGUGCCCGAAAGGACCCAGCCAGGGGCAUACCCGGCGAGGGCACAUGCUAGGGGCUACAUGCUGGUGGACAGAUGGGCUGCGGUCUGGCCCAUCCUAGCAUAUCUCUGUGGGCCUGCACGUGUACUCCAGGAACUGUGUGGGCAACAACAGCUGGAACGAUUCAAAAUUUCUGUCAAGUCAGGUCAACGUCACGGAUGGACGAAGCAGCUCAGGUCGUUGCGGCUUGCGGCUGCAGACCGAACUGGUAGCAUUUAUUAACAAGUG